AGUCACAUGGUGCACGUCGUGGCAGUCACCUGAACAGUUCGAAAUUUACUGUGGAGAGACUGGAGAUUGGGGGCUUCGCACUUAAUUCUCAUUGCAAGACGCGGAGUCCUCGGGGUUAUCAUAAUCAUCUUGCCCAGCAAUAGGAGAGCACAGUCAGGGCCAGAACUUUCCGUUCUAUCGGUGACCGUCAAUUGAGGACCCCCAGGCCUGUCCCAGUAUUGACAACUUGUUUCCUCCGUCCACAAGUGUCUCCCCUCAUUUUCCCCCGGAGUUCCAUAUCUCUCGCUAUCGGCUUACAUCCGCGUUCGUGAGAGCUACAAAACGCCGAACGGAUACGAAAUUACGAUCGCAAGCCCCCAAGCCCAUGGAUUUCCUGCCAGUUUUUCAUCACCACUUAUCCGGGAUAUAUUAUUUUCGUGCCUGUCUGUCAUUAUUACCAUCCCGGCUUCUUCCCUGUUUUCCCCUCGCUGUGCGUGCUGGGAACCAUCCCACUGUGAAGUAGAAUCCUUGCCAAUGUGUUGUUGCCGCUGGAUGCUUGCCUUCAGUGCUUGCAAUGAGCCUCCCUUCUCCCAAGAAGAACGGCGCCGAUAAUACUGCUCCGAGGCAGAUCCGAUUCGUGUCGACUGACGGCCAGCCGCAGACCAAGCGGCGACGCAUAACCGCCGCUUGUCUGACUUGUCGAAAACGGAAAAUCCGAUGCUCUGGUGAACAACCUGUGUGCAGUACUUGCUCUAAAUACGGGCAUAUCUGUCUUGGUUACAGUGAACCGUCCUUUCCUCAUCGAUCGCAAUCUAAUUCCACUGCGCGGACGCCUGUCCUUUCCUCAUCUAUCCCUAAUAAUAAUGGGGACGCUUCGAACCCAUCCGCGUCGGGAGUUACCAACGGUCGUUCAUCAGAUAUACCGUCGAAUGACGGUGAUACGUCCCCAGAGGCUGCGCAGCCAUCGGGAUCGAGAGAUGGCUCCUCCGCGAGGGAUCCGUAUUCCAAUGCAAGCAAGGGACCAGAGCGGCAAGUCUCCGGGGAGAGUCCGGAAAGCGAACGUUCUUCCUUACGCUCCAAUCAUCGCACUCACGUCCCUUACUUCCGGUAUUUUGGACCUACUGCCAUUGUUCCUGGCUUCAAGCAGAUGGUUGUACGAGUUCGAAGUUCACGCAAGAGCAAUCCAUCGUUGUCCUCAGAUUCGCUUUCCGCCCGUCGCAGCCCAGACUCCACCGACUUAGGAGAACAGCAAUUGAUUAUACCGGGAGAUAACCGCGAUGCGAAUACAAUCCCAUUUUACGAUCGAAAUGAUAAUUUGCCGGUUAGUAAAUUGGUGACACACCUCUGUGAGCUAUUCUUUGUACAUCUUGGAUGCAGCUUUCCAUUCCUGCAGCCAGACAGGUUCCUCAGGGACCUGAAGAAUAAGCAGGUGGACACUAUCCUCGUGGACGCUGUUUGUGCCUUGGCUGCAAGGUUCUCACCCCACCCUUUGCUGAGUCCCCCUCAAGCUCCGUCCAUCGAUGGAAACGAACCGCCUCCAAGCUGUAAAAAGUCCGACCGAGGAUUGCCGUUUGCCCAUCGAGCGAUAAGCGCUCUAGUUUAUGCUCUAUCGUGCCCAACAAUGUCCGUUGUUCAGGCUUGCCUUCUUUUGGCCUACGAAGAGUUCGGCUCCAGCCAUGAUAGCGGUCUUUGGAUGUACCUUGGGAUUUCUAUUCGGAUGGCGCAAGAUCUUGGUAUGCAGAAACUAAGGGGUUUGAAGUAUAAUUACGGACGAGUUGGCUUGAAUCCAAAUGCUGUCAAGACGGCCUAUCCAGUGAAGUUGGGAGGGGACCAGUAUGACGACUCUCAGGGAUGCGAAGCCCCAAUUCCUCCCCCUCUGGACACAGAUGACGGACGUGCCAAGGAAAGAGAGAGAGUUGAUUUAUUUUGGAGUAUUUUCUUUCUCGACCGUGUGAUUUCUUCGGGAACUGGGAGGCCGGUGACAUUGCGCGAUGAGGAUAUAGAGUUAUGCUUUCCCCUUCAAUGUGAAUCCCAGCUCCCCAACGGCUGGCCAUCACCAUUCCCGCAGCUUAUCCGAAUAAUACACUUAUACGGAAGGGUCACGGACCUCAUCAACGGAAUCCAGGACGCCAACCAUGUCACACCUGAUACUCUCCAGAGACUUGCCGGUAUGGAAAGUGAUUUGACUGGUAUCUAUCAGCGUUUGUCGCCCAGACUCCAUUUCAAUGCGGUCAACUUCCAGACGUACGUGAGAGCAAAGGAAGGGACAAAUUUUAUCCUUUUGCAUUUUUGGUUCCAUACCCUCAUUGUCCUUCUACAUCAGCCAACUCUCCUUAAUUCUUUCGGUGGGACAAUGCAACAACUCUACCCUAACAGUAGAGAAUUGUCCAUGUCCUCAGCGAAAACUAUAGCUGAUAUCCUUUCCUUCUCUGAACUUGUUGAUGGCAAGAGUUUCAUAGGGAACCCAUUUACGAGUCAGCCCAUGUAUAUUGCUGCAUGCGCUUUUCUAAUGGAGAGCAUCUAUUACACCUCUCCAUCGUCAAGAGGGAACUCUCCUCCCCCUCAAGCGCUGUUGACAAAUCAAUCCAGUGGUUUCGUCAUGCCUGGCUCACAGGACAGGAAAACGGCAUCGAAACAUACCCUUCUUGCUUCUGCUGCAAAGGAGAAUUACCAACGGUGUUACAAAGCGUUGAAAGCGCUAGCAACAUAUUGGGAGGGCACAAGAUACAUUCUCACUGUUUUGGACCAGAAAGCCAAAGGCAUUGUUGACCCUCUCCUGUAUACUGCCGAAGAGAUGGAGAGCGCCGUUGAGAUGCCUCACGUUCCGUCUAUCGCGCCUCCUGGAUGGCGCAUGGCUGGGCCAUCACAGGGCAGUGCAGAUGAGCAAGGCCCGUCUGAGGAGAUGGAGGCCUCAUCGGAUGGGAACAGAAUGGAUCGUAGCCAAGCAAUCGGAUGGGCUCUCACCGGAGCUACCAAUUCUUCUCAGCCAAAUCUGAGCCUGUUGUAUCAAUUGCCGGCCCAGCGUGCGGAUGCCGCCUCUGCCAAUCCCACAUAUCCUUCACAGUAUAGCCAUGGCCAACACUAUUUGCCGAUGCAUACGAAUGCAUCCCAGCCUCCUUAUUCUCGGCCGCUUGAAUCAACCGAUACCCGGAAAUACUCCCACCUGACGCCUAAUCAGGUAACCACGUCGGACGCAAACCUUCUCCUGGGGUUGCAUGCGCCAUAUCCGAAUUCUGGCUCCUCCCAUCCGUCGUCAGGUCCACAGACGGCUUAUACAACAAACAUUGCCUCCUCAAAUGUCGGUAAUCAAGCAUCUGGUUAUAACUAUAACCUGCCUCCCUCUGGCCCUGAACCUCGAGCGAACGUUGCACGGUUGGAUUCACAUCAUGUGGAUAUCUCUACCGGUGAUCCAAAUCUGGGUGAGGUAUUUAUAGAGAGUCAGGACAUCGAUAUGAACACACUCCACAGCGAACACUCAUUACCCUUUACCUUAAAUGGCGAGAUUAUCCCCUGGCUUGAGUACCUCCCAGAAGAUGUCGCUAACUUCUUCGGUGAGCACCAAAGCUACCCUCUAACGCGUCAUGACGAUGACCAUGUAAAACCACCACAAUAGAAUUUUUGGCCUUUGUCAUGUUUGAUAUAGCUUUCAACCUUCUUCGGUCCAGCGAUGUGCCACGAAUUUUCUUUGUUGGAAAUCUGGAGUUCAAACCUAGCGUGUUAUUUGUUUUGUCCUUGAAAGUCCAGAGGUUUUGUUGUCUUCCCACGUUGCGUUUUUUGAUGAAAAAAAUUUUUUUUCUCUUAAUUUUUUCUUCUUUUCCCUAUUCUGUGUCUGGAAGAUACCUUUGUAGCAUAUGUUCGGUUUAUUGCAUGGACGGGGUUCUUUGGAAAGUCGUUUGGUUGAAGAUGUACUACUGCACGUAUAUCCAGAGAUGAGAGCGCAUGAUCUUAAUUGACAAUAGCCUUCAGGGUUCCAGCGAACUGGUCUUCAUCUCAGGAACAAUGCUAUGAUGUUCCAUUAUGAUCGGUCAGAGCAGUUUACCCAGUGUUCAACGGCACAACACUAUCAAAUAACUUCAUUUGCA